GAUAGCUCUGUGUUGAUAAGGGCCAGCUGGAGGGAGUAGAUCUUCGCAGUCCAGGUCUGGGCAGAGAGCUCUGGGACGGCUCUGGAACAGGACAUGUCGGAACGCCAAGUGCCCUUCACUUUCCUACGCAGCCCCAGCUGGGACUGGUACAGGGGCAGCAGGCUCUUGGAUCAGUCUUUUGGGAUGCCACUUAUUCCCGAGGACUGGUACAAGUGGCCUGCAGGGACCACCAGCUGGCCAGGCUACGUACGGCCUCUGGUCAGCUCAGGUCCAGAGCCAGUGGCCGCUAGCCCCGUUGUCAGCUCGCCAGGGGCCAGCCCUGCCUACAACCGGGCUUUGAACCGCCAGUUGAGCAGCGGCGUCUCUGAGAUCCGGCAGACUUCAGACAGCUGGAAAGUGGUUUUGGAUGUCAACCACUUUGCACCAGAAGAGUUGGUGGUGAAGACAAAAGAUGGUGUGGUGGAAAUCACUGGUGAGUAGCUUUUCUUUAGAUCC